UGUACACCGGCUCCACAGCCACUUCGCAACUCUCUUCACACGCCCAAACCCCAAAACACAGGUCAAAAUAUCAAAGCCUCAUCACGACCAACCGAAUACCGAUCUCUCCCGGUCGUCGUCGUCGUCUCCGGUGAUCUAAAUCGUCAUCCUAUAAUCAGAACACCUCAAAACGGAGAGAUCUCAACGCCGAUAGAGAUCGAGGUUUUUCUUUAAUCCUAUCGGCAACUAUGAACGAGAAGGCAGGUGUUUCCAAGGAGCUCAAUGCUAGGCACAGAAAGAUACUGGAAGGGCUUCUUAAAUUGCCUGAGAAUAGGGAGUGUGCUGAUUGCAAAACCAAAGGUCCUAGAUGGGCUAGUGUGAACUUAGGCAUCUUUAUAUGCAUGCAAUGUUCUGGAAUCCAUAGAAGCCUUGGUGUACACAUAUCAAAGGUGCGAUCAGCUACACUGGACACAUGGCUACCUGAGCAGGUUGCAUUUAUCCAAUCCAUGGGAAACGAGAAGUCGAAUAGUUAUUGGGAAGCACAACUGCCACCAAAUUAUGAUAGAGUUGGCAUUGAAAAUUUCAUUCGCGCAAAAUAUGAAGACAAAAGAUGGGUUGCUAAAGAAGGAAUAGAAAUCCCAACUCUUGUAGUGCAAGAAGAGAAAGCUCCACCACCUUUGCAAAGUGAAAGAAAGAGCUAUCAAACACCUGUUGCAAGAGUCAACCUUCGUGUCCCCCCAAAAGGACCUGAACCUGUAUCUGUAUCUGUGAUCCCAAUUCCAAAAGCUGAGUCAUCAGCAGUUUCUUCUACUGAAUCAGAAGCUGUCUCUCCUCCAAAACAUGAUUUUGCUACUGAUCUUUUCGACAUGCUUUCAAUGGACGAGAAAGUUCCAGAAGCUUCUACAGACGAUCUAUGGGCAGGCUUUCAAUCUGCUGCUGCUGCUGUUCAAGUAGCACCAAUCACAACAGACGUUUCAAAACCUGUUGAUAACAUUAACAACCAAACAAACUCAAAUCCCAUUCCUACUUCUGGAAUUGAAGAUCUGUUCAAAGACUCACCUCCUCUCUCACAACCACAAUCACAGAAGCCUCAGAAGGAUGUUAAAAAUGAUAUUAUGAGUCUCUUUGAAAAGAGUAACAAUAACAACACAACAUCACCAUAUGCUCUUCACCAACAGCAACUUGCUAUGUUAGCUCAGCAGCAGUACCUACUCAUGGCUGCUGCUGCUAAAUCAGGUGGUUUGCCAAAUCUUACUGGGAACGGGGGGCAAGGGCAACAACGUAAUUUACUCCCCAAUCAAAACUGGGCAAAUGUCGGCUAUCAGUUUCCCGGAAUGCAUGCUACUGCUACACCACAACCUGGAAAAGAUGAACUAGAGAAAUAUUUACAGCAGAUGGGAAACAUGGGACUUGGAGCACCAAUUCCAGCUGGCAAUUCAUUUCAGCUUCCAACAUCAUCCAGUAUAUACGGGAUGGGAUUGAAUGCAACUACCAAUGGGGUGACGCCACCUGGCAGCAAUGGGGGAUCUGGUGGAUCUAAACCAUCACAAGCAACUGCAUCGGGUUCACAGUCUGCAAAAGACUAUGAUUUCUCCUCCUUAACUCAAGGGAUGUUCUCCAAACCAUGAUCUUUUUUUAAUUCACCCUUCUUAUAUUGUGUAACAUAAUUCACAAAAAAAAA